GGAGGGCAAGGGGCGGGAGGGGGGAGGGGACACACACACACACUCACCCGGGGGGACGUCAGGGGACACCGGGGAUGGGGUUCGGGACCCGUCACUGUCCUCACUGUCCCCUGUCACUGUCCUGGUUGUCCCCAUCGUUGUCCUCACUCUCCUCCAUCCUUGUCCUCGAUGUCCCCUGUCAUUGUCCUUGCUGUCCCCUGUCAUUGUCUUCACUGUCCCCCAUCGUUGUCCUCGCUGUCCCCAUGACUGUCCUGGUUGUCCCCCAUCAUUGUCCUCACUCUCGUCCAUCGUUGUCCUCGCUGUCCCCCACCGUUGUCCUCGCUGUCCCCAUCACUGUCUUCACUGUCCCCCAUCAUUGUCCUCACUGUCCCCAUUGUCCUCGCUGUCCUCCAUCAUUGUCCUCGCUGUCCCCAUGACUGUCCUGGUUGUCCCCAUCCUUGUCCUCGCUGUCCCCCAUCAUUGUCCUGGUUGUCCCCCCUCAUUGUCCUCGCUGUCCCCGUCACUGUCCUCUCUGUCCCCCAUCAUUGUCCUGGUUGUCCCCCCUCAUUGUCCUCGCUGUCCCCAUCACUGUCCUCGCUGUCCCCCAUCAUUGUCCUGGUUGUCCCCAUCAUUGUCCUGGUUGUCCCCCAUCACUGUCCUCGCUGUCCCCCAUCAUUGUCCUGGUUGUCCCCCAUCGUUGUCCUCGCUGUCCCCGUCACUGUCCUCCCUGUCCCCCCGGGGGCAGGCGCAGGCACCUGGGGUGGACGAUGGGACAAUGGUGGGGAAGGUGCAGGGCCCGGGGGAUGGGCGGCCACCGGGCUGGAGGCCUGUUGAGCCAAGGAGCCACGCGGGGACGACAGCUUGGGGUUGGAUGCCCACCAAAGGGCAUCCUCCCAAAGGCCCUCCCAAAGGGGCCGCAAACCGGGAGCCGCGGUGAUGAAGGCACCUUCCGACAACCACACGCCGAGGUGGAGCUGGAGCCCGGGGAGCUUUGAGAAGCUCUCGGCCUGUCCCGCGCCUUCCGAAGCUCUGGAGAACCACAUCCAGGUCCAGAGCGUUCCAUCAGAAGCUCUGGCUGACGCUGCAGAGGGUUGCCAUGAGGCCACCGGCCUGGAGCUCCAUCCAUCCUGGUUCCACGCACCGGAUCCGCUCUAGAGCUGGUCGCCCCGUCUCUCUGGGUAGUCACCAAGGGCCUCCGGAGAAGCACCGGGAGGAUUCCCGUCGGUGUGGCCCCACCUGGGAACGCGUCGCCUCCGGAGAAAGGACGGGAGGGAGCCGCGUUUCCUCCUCCCCCCGCCGGGGCUGAGCCCCGACACGUCCCCAGGCGUCUGCACCGAGGGAGCGCGAGAUCUUCAGCCCCUGCUGCCGUCAGGGACCUCUGUACGAGCCAGGUGUCACUUGACUUCGGAUGAUGACGCUCAACCCAGUGCCUCCACCCGCCCCCGUGCCCAAAAAAAAACCUAUUUAAGUCCCUCUGUACACGCAGCGGGGGGAGAAGGCAGAAGGGAUCAUCCCGGGGCCGAUCGGGCCCUUGCUUGGCGUUUCCGUCCUUCCUGGAAGAGCGCGGGCUCCUCACCCCCGUCCUCACCUCGUCCUUUGCCACCCGGCUGGGUGGAGAACCGCUGAAGGUCGGGGAGCGCCUUCUCCUCCCGCAGCCCCGGGCCUCCAAAGCAGCCAGCAGGAACCCCCCCCCCCCGGGGUUUGGAAAGCAUCGGGGAAUUCCUACGGUUCCCGGGACCGGGACGUCAAAGGGCGUCUCUCUACUUUCCAACACCCCCCUCUCCCACCCCCUGCCUAGAGGCAGCCCUUCAAGCUGGACCUCCCGGAGCACGAGGAGCCCUGGGGCGGCGUGAGGAGCCGCCGUCCCCGCUGAAGUGGCGGCCGGCGCCUCUGGGAGCGGGGGGACGCAGCACGACCCAGCGGCGGAGGAGGAGAAGGUGCUUCGCCCUCGACGCGGGAGCGGGGCGUCCGCAGGGAGAUUCAGCCCGAAGAGGGGGAACGUCCCCCAGAAUCCGUCCUCGCACCCGGCCGCGGCUCCCCACGCUCCUCUUCCGCUCACGUAGAGCCCCCCCCCUCUUGCUCUUCCAGAUGGAUUGGAGGAAAUCCGUCGCCUGCAAAGCCCCGGCACCGACCCCCACAGAGGCACCAGGGGUUUGGCUAAAGACGGAGGCCGUUAGAAGACGCGUGGGGCUGACGCUUAGGGGCACGGUUUAGGGGGGGACUUGGCAGGGUGAGGUUUACGGUCGGGCUCGAUGGUCUCAGGGAGGGUCUUUUCCAACCUCAGCGAUUCCGGGCUAUUCUCGGCUCGGCCGUCGAGCGCCGGCGUGGGACGGGACUGAGUUUCACGUAAAUUACUGCCGUUACCGAGUUCUUCUCGUCUGUCCCAGGACGGAAACCCCGAAGGUACGUUGAGAUACCGCCGGGCAACGAAACGGUCUGGCAGAUCUCAGGCGUACGCGGCGAUUUCCACGUCAUUUCUUGCGGGAGACAGAGACAAAGCAGGAAUUUAGGUCUGAGGUAGGCGCUGCUGGUUAAAAACGUGCUCUUCGCCGACAAAGCGCAAAUGCCGAGGGACAACCGAACCACCCCGAGGGGGUUCGUUUUGACCGGCUUUUCCCACUUCCCCGAGCUCCAGGUCGCGUUGUUUGUGCUGUUUCUCCUCAUGCACGUGGUCACCCUGGCUGGGAAUACGGUGAUAAUGGUUGUCAUCAGGGCGGAUCGGGGGCUGCACACGCCCAUGUAUCUCUUCCUCGGCGCCCUCUCCUUCUCGGAGCUCUGUUACACCUUCUCCAUCACCCCGAAGAUGCUGGCUGGGUUGGUGCCGGGAACCCGAGCCAUUUCUUUCCUGGGCUGCGCUGCCCAAACGCAUUUCUCCUUCACGUUCGGCUUCACGCACUCUUUCCUCUUGACCGUGAUGGGCUACGACCGCUACGUGGCCAUCUGCCACCCCUUGCGUUACAACACCCUCGUGACCCCCCGCGUCUGUAUCCAGCUGGUGGCCGCCUCGUGGCUGGGCGGGGGCCUCCUGGGGCUGCUGGUGACUUGCGCCGUCUUCCAGUUACCCUUCUGCCGGUCCCACCAGAUUGACCAUUUCUUCUGCCACGUGCCCCCCCUGCUCCAGCUGGCUUGCGCUGCUGGCGAGGUGGUUGCCGCCGUAGUCAACGUCCUUUGCGCCGCUGCCUUGUUGGGUUGCUUUCUGCUCAUCCUUCUCUCCUACGCCUUCAUCCUUGCCCGCAUCCUCCGGAUGCCCUCAGCGGAAGGGAGGCGCAAAACCUUCUCCACCUGCGCCUCCCACGUCGCCGUCGUGGUGGUCCAUUACGGCUGCGCUUCCGUCAUCUACCUGCAAGGCAGGUCGCCCCGCGCCGCCCCAGCAGGUGCUCUCCUUGAUGUGUCCUACACGGUCUUCACCCCCUUCCUCAGUCCCAUCAUCUUCAGUCUGCGAAGCAGAGACUUAAAAAAUGCCCUUUGGAAAUCCCUGCGGAAGAGUUUCACCGUCAGGAAUGCGAAUUUUUGGCCGGGCUCUAGUUUCAGCUACAGGAGUGGUUAUCGCUAGUUUUUCUUCUCAUUUUUUUUCCUUUGGUGAUUCAUAGAAAUCAUGGAAUGGUUUGGGUGGGAAGAGACCUUAAAGUGCCACCCCCCUGCCCUGGGCAGGGCCACCUCCCACCAGACCAGGUUGCCCCAAGCCCCCUCCAACCUGGCCUUGAACCCCUCCAGGGAUGGGGCAGCCACAGCUUCUCUGGGCAACCUGGGCCAGGGGCUCACCGCCCUCACAGCCAAGAAUUUCUUCUAAUAUCUAACCAAAAUCUCCCCUUUUUCAGCUUAAAACCCUUCCCCUUCGUCCCACGGCUCCCCUCCCUGAUCCAGAGUCCUUUCCCAGCUUUCCCGGAGCCCCUUUAGGGACUGGAAGGGGCUCCGAGGUCUCCCCGGAGCCUUCUCUUCUCCAGGCUGAACCCCCCCAGCUCAGCCCGGCCCCACAGCAGAGGGGCUCCAGCCCUCCCAGCAUCUCCGGGGCCUCCUCGGCCUCGGCCCCUUAACGGUGUUACUGUCACAAACAAAUCCUGUUGGUCCCCUACACCCCGUGCGUCAACAUCAACGGUUCGCCGUUGGUUCCCGCGCUCUCGGGCCCAUGCUCCAUGUUCGAAGGGACAGAGGACGGUUCCACGGCGGCUUAAUCCCAGUGGGUGGUUGGAGAAGGUCUUGGAGCGGUUCCCUCUUGGUUUGUUCCUCUUUCGGCACGUCGCGAACUCGAAACCCCUCGGGGACGAGCGCAACUCUCCCCUCUGCUGCUUUGAAAG